AUGUAUGAGCAAGUUUCCCAGUUAGUUUUUGCAUACUUGGCAGGAAAGGCGAUUAUCGCCGAUCAGGAUCGAAGUGGGCGGCCGGUGACGGUAACUGAUGAGACCCAUAAACAAAAAGUCGAUGAUUUGGUCAGGGGAAAUCGGAGGAUUAAACAAUCAGAAAUAGCAGUAGCAUUAGGAAUAUCUAAAGAACGAGUCCAGCAUAUUCUUCGUGAACUUGAAUAUCGAAAAAUAUGCGCGAGGUGGGUGCUAACAGAAAAAAUGAAGCAAGACCGCGUAGACAUUUGCCACAAACUUAUUCUGCGUUAUGAUAGUGAAAAAGAAAAUUUUUUGAAUAUUAUUGUUACCGGAGAUGAAUCUUGGGUACAUCAUUAUGACCCAGAGAACUAA